AUGCCGUCUCCACCAAGAAGCUCAAUAUCGUUUCCAAGUUCAGCGGAUCUGUUCUACUUCUGCACGACAUCAUCGACCUCUGAAGAAGACCUCAACAUCCACUACGCACCUCCUUCAAGGUCCUCGUUACGCAUCGGUGUCAUUGUCCUUGGCAACAACCAAGUCCAAUUAGCCGACCUAGCCGCUCUCGACCUCCUCGCCAUGGUCGGAAGGAACAGAAUCUGCAGAAUGAACGCCACGGCAGCAGCCAUUGAAGAGGCCGUGGACGAAGUCGACAUCCGAUAUGUCAGUGUGACCGGAGAAGGGAGUUUUCCUGUCACGGCUGGCACACGAAUGCCGGUGACGAAUUCAUUCGCAAACGCGCCUCAAUUCGACAUCCUCGUCAUCCCUGGAUCCUUCUCGUCAACCGAAUUACCUGCAGAAGCUACCUCAUUCCUCACCUCACAAUGCCUAAACCCCAACCUCAUCGCGAUCAUGAGCAUAGCUUCAGGCAUCUGUCACCUCGCACAAUCAGGCAUUUUACGCGGAACACGAGCUGCAGCACCCAGACCCUUGCUUUCCAUUCUGCAGCAACGAUAUCCCGACACGCUAUGGCAGUAUUCAGCCUGGGCUCGACACGAAAAAGUCUGGACAAGCAAUUCGUCAGUCUCAGCACUCGACAUGGUUUCGACAUGGAUGCGCGAGUACUUUUGGGACAGAAGCCAGGCUGUUGAAUAUGCUCUUACGGCCGCUGGCAUGGGUUCACUUUACGACUAUAAUCACUGCGAUUACUGA